AUAACCACCCAUUUGGGCAUUUUGCUCUGCAUUGCUUUUCCACAAUAUCAUUUUCUUUCACUUGAAAUCCCAAUCUGUUGUGAUAAUUUUCCCCAAUCAAAUGGCCUGUGCAACAGCAGCCCUCUCCCUGAAACCACCCCUCAGAGCCCACAGAGCCCAAUUAGGGCAGGCUCCUUGUAAAUUAUGCUCUCCUACAUCCAUUGCCUCAAAAAGGAGCAGAAUUGUAGUUAAUUGCUCAUCAUCAUCAUCACAGGGGAAGAAGAAAAAUGAGGUUGUUUCAGUUGCAGGCUUGACAUCUUUGGCUCUUACAGCAGCAACAGUGAUUCCAGAGAUAGCAGAUGCAGCAGGACCUGGAGUAUCUCCUUCUCUCAAGAACUUUUUGCUAAGUAUAGUGGCUGGAGGUGUGGUUGUAGCUGUUCUUGGUAUUGCUGUUAUUGGGGUUUCCAACUUUGAUCCUGUUAAGAGGGGUAGAUAAAUGUACUUCUAUGAAGUAUCUCUAUAGAUUUAGAUUGUGGGUUUCUGGGAUUUGUGGAUGCAGAGUGAAGUAUGUAAUCAAUUAGUAGUAAUCUUAAAGCUACAUUAAUGUACUAUGAGGAGCAGUAGGGAGAGAAAUUCCAUAACUGUACUUGAUUUGAUUUCCUUCCUUUGAGCUAAUGUGUUAAAUGCAAUGCAAUGAGCUCAUUUUGAAUUA